UUCUGUAAACCGCCUCACCGCCUCACUCAAAUCCUUCUAUAUAUAAAGAUUGAGGUUUUAGGGUUCUUGCUCUCUCCUUCUGCGGUCGUGAGCUUUUUUCGAUUGGCUUUCCAGGUUUUCCCUCUCUUCUUUCGCCGACUCCUUUCCAGUUUUUUCAAGAUGGUUCUUCAAAACGAUAUUGAUUUGCUGAAUCCUCCUGCUGAGUUAGAGAAGAGGAAGCACAAGCUCAAGCGUCUUGUGCAAUCACCCAACUCCUUCUUCAUGGAUGUCAAGUGCCAAGGAUGCUUCAACAUUACCACUGUCUUCAGCCACUCUCAAACUGUUGUGGUAUGCGGUAACUGCCAGACAGUCUUGUGCCAGCCAACGGGAGGACGUGCUAGACUCACCGAGGGGUGUUCUUUCAGGAGAAAGGGUGAUUGAUGAUGUCUUUGUUUUAUUUUGCUGGGAAGAAAUUGCAAGUCUCUGUUUUGAUCAAUGGGUAUAUUUAUUUUCCUUGUACGGUAUCAGACUUGAUUAUGCUGUCUCUCCUAAAUAGAUUAUAUUUGGCUUUAGAGUUAUCUGGUUUUGUUUAAAAGUCGAAUUUCAUGUACUGAACUUUUAGCUUCAUUUAGUAAAAGCUUAACUUUCUUUUAUCCA